AUGCAGUCAAUGUGUGUUUUUGCUAUUCCUUAGUUCCAUUUUUUAACUAGCUUGUUUAGCUUAAUUUAUUUAGUUUUGCAAAUAGAAAAGUAAUAAAUUUACUUAUAUAAGCUCUUCUGAAUAAUGGUUAUCUAUUAUAUUUGCUGUCCUAUAAUUUAUAACUUGUUUAGUGAUUUUAGGGCUAUCAUACACCAGACCAAAGCAUAAAAUGAAGAAAACUUAUAUAAUAUGCUUAGUUUGUCUGUUUUUAGGAAUUUCACUUUAUUUACUUAUAGUGAAUUUUCAAAAAGACUGUUUAGUUCUAAUUAUUUUAUAAAUGUUAUCAGUAGGGAUGAUAUCUUCGUUGUUGAUAUUACCCAAUAAACUGAUUGGCAUUGUAAUAUAAAUUUAAAUUUACGUAGUGGCAGUUGGUUUGGACUUAAUGUCUCUUUAUUUAUAGUAUUGAUUUGGAUUUAAUUUAGUUAUUUUAUGAGUAAAUUUAAUUUAAACAGAGCUAUUUCUGUGGUAGGUUCAGGAGGAAUGGAAAUUAUCACUUUAGUGUUAUGUAUAAUAUGUUAAAGAAAUCCACAGAAUAGAUUGGCUGAUGAAGUACAUUUAAUUAUAGGGUUCUAUAUAUUUUGUGAACUAUUCGUUAGUUGUACAUUUAUAGCAGAAUGUAUAGAUGUAAAUUAAAAAUUAAUUGAUUUAGUAAAAUAUGAACAUUUAUUUAAUUGGAUUAACAAUUUUGAAAAUUUCGAACAUGUUUUUGGAUUUGAUAUUGUAUUCAUUUGUGAAACUGAACUACCCUGAAAAUUAAAUAAAACCAGGGAGAGUCGAUAUUGAGAAUCCUCCUUAAAAGAUGGAUUUAAGAAGUGUAGCAACAAGAGAGACACUAAGCGAAUAUUCAACAAUUUAGUAGAAAAAUGCUUAGGAAUCUAAUGGGGUUGUUAGAAAGGCUUGUCCAUCGAUUUAAUGGAUUUAGUAUUUACUUAAAAUAUAUUGA